UGUAACGACAAUAGCAACAGUAACGACAGUAGCAACAGUAUCAAUAAUAACAGCAAUAACAAAAAUAGUAACAGUAAUAACAACGACAGCAACAGUAACGAUAGUAGAAAUAGCACAGUAAUAACGACCACAGCAACAGUAAGGAUAGCAAUAAUAGUAAUAGUAACGAUAGUAACGACAGUAACGACAGUAAAAAUAGUAGCAGCAAUAAUGACAACAGCAACAUUAACAACAGUAACGACAGUAGCAACAGUAUCAAUAAUAACAGCAAUAACGACAGUAGGAACAGUAGCAACAGUAACGAUAGUAACAACAGUAACAGCAAUAACGACAACAGCAAUACACAGCAAUAACGACAACAGGAAGAGUAAGGACAGCAAUAAUAGUAACAGUAACAACAGUAGCAACAGUAACAAUAGUAGCAACACUGAUGACAACAGUAACGACAGUAGCAACAGUAUCAAUAAUAACAGUAAUAACGACAGUAGGAACAGUAGGAACAGUAACGAUAGUAACAAUAGUCACAGCAAUAACGACAACAGCAACAGUAACAAUAAUAAAAAUAACAACAGUAAUAACGACAACAGCAAGAGUAAGGACAACAAUAAUAGUAACAGUAACGGCAGUAGCAACAGUAACGACAGUAACAAUAGUAGCAACACUGAUGACAACAGUAACGACAGUAGCAACAGUAUCAAUAAUAACAGUAAUAACGACAGUAGGAACAGUAGGAACAGUAACGAUAGUAACAAUAGUCACAGCAAUAACGACAACAGCAACAGUAACAAUAAUAAAAAUAACAACAGUAAUAACGACAACAGCAAGAGUAAGGACAACAAUAAUAGUAACAGUAACGGCAGUAGCAACAGUAACGACAGUAACAAUAGUAGCAACACUGAUGACAACAGUAACGACAGUAGCAACAGUAUCAAUAAUAACAGUAAUAACGACAGUAGGAACAGUAGGAACAGUAACGAUAGUAACAAUAGUCACAGCAAUAACGACAACAGCAACAGUAACAAUAAUAAAAAUAACAACAGUAAUAACGACAACAGCAAGAGUAAGGACAACAAUAAUAGUAACAGUAACGGCAGUAGCAACAGUAACGACAGUAACAAUAGUAGCAACACUGAUGACAACAGUAACGACAGUAGCAACAGUAUCAAUAAUAACAGUAAUAACGACAGUAGGAACAGUAGGAACAGUAACGAUAGUAACAAUAGUCACAGCAAUAACGACAACAGCAACAGUAACAAUAAUAAAAAUAACAACAGUAAUAACGACAACAGCAAGAGUAAGGACAACAAUAAUAGUAACAGUAACGGCAGUAGCAACAGUAACGACAGUAACAAUAGUAGCAACACUGAUGACAACAGUAACGACAGUAGCAACAGUAUCAAUAAUAACAGUAAUAACGACAGUAGGAACAGUAGGAACAGUAACGAUAGUAACAAUAGUCACAGCAAUAACGACAACAGCAACAGUAACAAUAAUAAAAAUAACAACAGUAAUAACGACAACAGCAAGAGUAAGGACAACAAUAAUAGUAACAGUAACGGCAGUAGCAACAGUAACGACAGUAACAAUAGUAGCAACACUGAUGACAACAGUAACGACAGUAGCAACAGUAUCAAUAAUAACAGUAAUAACGACAGUAGGAACAGUAGGAACAGUAACGAUAGUAACAAUAGUCACAGCAAUAACGACAACAGCAACAGUAACAAUAAUAAAAAUAACAACAGUAAUAACGACAACAGCAAGAGUAAGGACAACAAUAAUAGUAACAGUAACGGCAGUAGCAACAGUAACGACAGUAACAAUAGUAGCAACACUGAUGACAACAGUAACGACAGUAGCAACAGUAUCAAUAAUAACAGUAAUAACGACAGUAGGAACAGUAGGAACAGUAACGAUAGUAACAAUAGUCACAGCAAUAACGACAACAGCAACAGUAACAAUAAUAAAAAUAACAACAGUAAUAACGACAACAGCAAGAGUAAGGACAACAAUAAUAGUAACAGUAACGGCAGUAGCAACAGUAACGACAGUAACAAUAGUAGCAACACUGAUGACAACAGUAACGACAGUAGCAACAGUAUCAAUAAUAACAGUAAUAACGACAGUAGGAACAGUAACGAUAGUAACAAUAGUCACAGCAAUAACGACAACAGCAACAGUAACAAUAAUAAAAAUAACAACAGUAAUAACGACAACAGCAAGA